AUGCUUGCUGAUCGAAAUGGUCAACGAAUAUACAUAACUGUGAAUGCAAGUGGACACAAUCCACAUCACUAUCCUUCGUUUCCACCGCAUUUAUCUGGACACAGAAACGGAUCAUUGAGUGGAAUGUUCGGUGAAAAUGGUCAACGAAUAUACAUAACUGUGAAUGCAAGUGGACACAAUCCACAUCACUAUCCUUCGUUUCCACCGCAUUUAUCUGGACACAGAAACGGAUCAUUGAGUGGAAUGUUCGGUGAAAAUGGUCAACGAAUAUACAUAACUGUGAAUGCAAGUGGACACAAUCCACAUCACUAUCCUUCGUUUCCACCGCAUUUAUCUGGACACAGAAACGGAUCAUUGAGUGGAAUGUUCGGUGAAAAUGGUCAACGAAUAUACAUAACUGUGAAUGCAAGUGGACACAAUCCACAUCACUAUCCUUCGUUUCCACCGCAUUUAUCUGGACACAGAAACGGAUCAUUGAGUGGAAUGUUCGGUGAAAAUGGUCAACGAAUAUACAUAACUGUGAAUGCAAGUGGACACAAUCCACAUCACUAUCCUUCGUUUCCACCGCAUUUAUCUGGACACAGAAACGGAUCAUUGAGUGGAAUGUUCGGUGAAAAUGGUCAACGAAUAUACAUAACUGUGAAUGCAAGUGGACACAAUCCACAUCACUAUCCUUCGUUUCCACCGCAUUUAUCUGGACACAGAAACGGAGCAUUGAGUGGAAUGUUCGGUGAAAAUGGUCAACGAAUAUACAUAACUGUGAAUGCAAGUGGACACAAUCCACAUCACUAUCCUUCGUUUCCACCGCAUUUAUCUGGACACAGAAACGGAUCAUUGAGUGGAAUGUUCGGUGAAAAUGGUCAACGAAUAUACAUAACUGUGAAUGCAAGUGGACACAAUCCACAUCACUAUCCUUCGUUUCCACCGCAUUUAUCUGGACACAGAAACGGAUCAUUGAGUGGAAUGUUCGGUGAAAAUGGUCAACGAAUAUACAUAACUGUGAAUGCAAGUGGACACAAUCCACAUCACUAUCCUUCGUUUCCACCGCAUUUAUCUGGACACAGAAACGGAUCAUUGAGUGGAAUGUUCGGUGAAAAUGGUCAACGAAUAUACAUAACUGUGAAUGCAAGUGGACACAAUCCACAUCACUAUCCUUCGUUUCCACCGCAUUUAUCUGGACACAGAAACGGAUCAUUGAGUGGAAUGUUCGGUGAAAAUGGUCAACGAAUAUACAUAACUGUGAAUGCAAGUGGACACAAUCCACAUCACUAUCCUUCGUUUCCACCGCAUUUAUCUGGACACAGAAACGGAUCAUUGAGUGGAAUGUUCGGUGAAAAUGGUCAACGAAUAUACAUAACUGUGAAUGCAAGUGGACACAAUCCACAUCACUAUCCUUCGUUUCCACCGCAUUUAUCUGGACACAGAAACGGAUCAUUGAGUGGAAUGUUCGGUGAAAAUGGUCAACGAAUAUACAUAACUGUGAAUGCAAGUGGACACAAUCCACAUCACUAUCCUUCGUUUCCACCGCAUUUAUCUGGACACAGAAACGGAUCAUUGAGUGGAAUGUUCGGUGAAAAUGGUCAACGAAUAUACAUAACUGUGAAUGCAAGUGGACACAAUCCACAUCACUAUCCUUCGUUUCCACCGCAUUUAUCUGGACACAGAAACGGAUCAUUGAGUGGAUUGUUCGGUGAAAAUGGUCAACGAAUAUACAUAACUGUGAAUGCAAGUGGACACAAUCCACAUCACUAUCCUUCGUUUCCACCGCAUUUAUCUGGACACAGAAACGGAUCAUUGAGUGGAAUGUUCGGUGAAAAUGGUCAACGAAUAUACAUAACUGUGAAUGCAAGUGGACACAAUCCACAUCACUAUCCUUCGUUUCCACCGCAUUUAUCUGGACACAGAAACGGAUCAUUGAGUGGAAUGUUCGGUGAAAAUGGUCAACGAAUAUACAUAACUGUGAAUGCAAGUGGACACAAUCCACAUCACUAUCCUUCGUUUCCACCGCAUUUAUCUGGACACAAAAACGGAUCAUUGAGUGGAAUGUUCGGUGAAAAUGGUCAACGAAUAUACAUAACUGUGAAUGCAAGUGGACACAAUCCACAUCACUAUCCUUCGUUUCCACCGCAUUUAUCUGGACACAGAAACGGAUCAUUGAGUGGAAUGUUCGGUGAAAAUGGUCAACGAAUAUACAUAACUGUGAAUGCAAGUGGACACAAUCCACAUCACUAUCCUUCGUUUCCACCGCAUUUAUCUGGACACAGAAACGGAUCAUUGAGUGGAAUGUUCGGUGAAAAUGGUCAACGAAUAUACAUAACUGUGAAUGCAAGUGGACACAAUCCACAUCACUAUCCUUCGUUUCCACCGCACUUAUCUGGACACAGAAACGGAUCAUUGAGUGGAAUGUUCGGUGAAAAUGGUCAACGAAUAUACAUAACUGUGAAUGCAAGUGGACACAAUCCACAUCACUAUCCUUCGUUUCCACCGCAUUUAUCUGGACACAGAAACGGAUCAUUGAGUGGAAUGUUCGGUGAAAAUGGUCAACGAAUAUACAUAACUGUGAAUGCAAGUGGACACAAUCCACAUCACUAUCCUUCGUUUCCACCGCAUUUAUCUGGACACAGAAACGGAUCAUUGAGUGGAAUGUUCGGUGAAAAUGGUCAACGAAUAUACAUAACUGUGAAUGCAAGUGGACACAAUCCACAUCACUAUCCUUCGUUUCCACCGCAUUUAUCUGGACACAGAAACGGAUCAUUGAGUGGAAUGUUCGGUGAAAAUGGUCAACGAAUAUACAUAACUGUGAAUGCAAGUGGACACAAUCCACAUCACUAUCCUUCGUUUCCACCGCAUUUAUCUGGACACAGAAACGGAUCAUUGAGUGGAAUGUUCGGUGAAAAUGGUCAACGAAUAUACAUAACUGUGAAUGCAAGUGGACACAAUCCACAUCACUAUCCUUCGUUUCCACCGCAUUUAUCUGGACACAGAAACGGAUCAUUGAGUGGAAUGUUCGGUGAAAAUGGUCAACGAAUAUACAUAACUGUGAAUGCAAGUGGACACAAUCCACAUCACUAUCCUUCGUUUCCACCGCAUUUAUCUGGACACAGAAACGGAUCAUUGAGUGGAAUGUUCGGUGAAAAUGGUCAACGAAUAUACAUAACUGUGAAUGCAAGUGGACACAAUCCACAUCACUAUCCUUCGUUUCCACCGCAUUUAUCUGGACACAGAAACGGAUCAUUGAGUGGAAUGUUCGGUGAAAAUGGUCAACGAAUAUACAUAACUGUGAAUGCAAGUGGACACAAUCCACAUCACUAUCCUUCGUUUCCACCGCAUUUAUCUGGACACAGAAACGGAUCAUUGAGUGGAAUGUUCGGUGAAAAUGGUCAACGAAUAUACAUAACUGUGAAUGCAAGUGGACACAAUCCACAUCACUAUCCUUCGUUUCCACCGCAUUUAUCUGGACACAGAAACGGAUCAUUGAGUGGAAUGUUCGGUGAAAAUGGUCAACGAAUAUACAUAACUGUGAAUGCAAGUGGACACAAUCCACAUCACUAUCCUUCGUUUCCACCGCAUUUAUCUGGACACAGAAACGGAUCAUUGAGUGGAUUGUUCGGUGAAAAUGGUCAACGAAUAUACAUAACUGUGAAUGCAAGUGGACACAAUCCACAUCACUAUCCUUCGUUUCCACCGCAUUUAUCUGGACACAGAAACGGAUCAUUGAGUGGAAUGUUCGGUGAAAAUGGUCAACGAAUAUACAUAACUGUGAAUGCAAGUGGACACAAUCCACAUCACUAUCCUUCGUUUCCACCGCAUUUAUCUGGACACAGAAACGGAUCAUUGAGUGGAAUGUUCGGUGAAAAUGGUCAACGAAUAUACAUAACUGUGAAUGCAAGUGGACACAAUCCACAUCACUAUCCUUCGUUUCCACCGCAUUUAUCUGGACAAAGAAACGGAUCAUUGAGUGGAUUGUUCGGUGAAAAUGGUCAACGAAUAUACAUAACUGUGAAUGCAAGUGGACACAAUCCACAUCACUAUCCUUCGUUUCCACCGCAUUUAUCUGGACACAGAAACGGAUCAUUGAGUGGAAUGUUCGGUGAAAAUGGUCAACGAAUAUACAUAACUGUGAAUGCAAGUGGACACAAUCCACAUCACUAUCCUUCGUUUCCACCGCAUUUAUCUGGACACAGAAACGGAUCAUUGAGUGGAAUGUUCGGUGAAAAUGGUCAACGAAUAUACAUAACUGUGAAUGCAAGUGGACACAAUCCACAUCACUAUCCUUCGUUUCCACCGCAUUUAUCUGGACACAGAAACGGAUCAUUGAGUGGAAUGUUCGGUGAAAAUGGUCAACGAAUAUACAUAACUGUGAAUGCAAGUGGACACAAUCCACAUCACUAUCCUUCGUUUCCACCGCAUUUAUCUGGACACAGAAACGGAUCAUUGAGUGGAAUGUUCGGUGAAAAUGGUCAACGAAUAUACAUAACUGUGAAUGCAAGUGGACACAAUCCACAUCACUAUCCUUCGUUUCCACCGCAUUUAUCUGGACACAGAAACGGAUCAUUGAGUGGAAUGUUCGGUGAAAAUGGUCAACGAAUAUACAUAACUGUGAAUGCAAGUGGACACAAUCCACAUCACUAUCCUUCGUUUCCACCGCAUUUAUCUGGACACAGAAACGGAUCAUUGAGUGGAAUGUUCGGUGAAAAUGGUCAACGAAUAUACAUAACUGUGAAUGCAAGUGGACACAAUCCACAUCACUAUCCUUCGUUUCCACCGCAUUUAUCUGGACACAGAAACGGAUCAUUGAGUGGAAUGUUCGGUGAAAAUGGUCAACGAAUAUACAUAACUGUGAAUGCAAGUGGACACAAUCCACAUCACUAUCCUUCGUUUCCACCGCAUUUAUCUGGACACAGAAACGGAUCAUUGAGUGGAAUGUUCGGUGAAAAUGGUCAACGAAUAUACAUAACUGUGAAUGCAAGUGGACACAAUCCACAUCACUAUCCUUCGUUUCCACCGCAUUUAUCUGGACACAGAAACGGAUCAUUGAGUGGAAUGUUCGGUGAAAAUGGUCAACGAAUAUACAUAACUGUGAAUGCAAGUGGACACAAUCCACAUCACUAUCCUUCGUUUCCACCGCAUUUAUCUGGACACAGAAACGGAUCAGUGAGUGGAUUGUUCGGUGAAAAUGGUCAACGAAUAUACAUAACUGUGAAUGCAAGUGGACACAAUCCACAUCACUAUCCUUCGUUUCCACCGCAUUUAUCUGGACACAGAAACGGAUCAUUGAGUGGAAUGUUCGGUGAAAAUGGUCAACGAAUAUACAUAACUGUGAAUGCAAGUGGACACAAUCCACAUCACUAUCCUUCGUUUCCACCGCAUUUAUCUGGACACAGAAACGGAUCAUUGAGUGGAAUGUUCGGUGAAAAUGGUCAACGAAUAUACAUAACUGUGAAUGCAAGUGGACACAAUCCACAUCACUAUCCUUCGUUUCCACCGCAUUUAUCUGGACACAGAAACGGAUCAUUGAGUGGAAUGUUCGGUGAAAAUGGUCAACGAAUAUACAUAACUGUGAAUGCAAGUGGACACAAUCCACAUCACUAUCCUUCGUUUCCACCGCAUUUAUCUGGACACAGAAACGGAUCAUUGAGUGGAAUGUUCGGUGAAAAUGGUCAACGAAUAUACAUAACUGUGAAUGCAAGUGGACACAAUCCACAUCACUAUCCUUCGUUUCCACCGCAUUUAUCUGGACACAGAAACGGAUCAUUGAGUGGAAUGUUCGGUGAAAAUGGUCAACGAAUAUACAUAACUGUGAAUGCAAGUGGACACAAUCCACAUCACUCUCCUUCGUUUCCACCGCAUUUAUCUGGACACAGAAACGGAUCAUUGAGUGGAAUGUUCGGUGAAAAUGGUCAACGAAUAUACAUAACUGUGAAUGCAAGUGGACACAAUCCACAUCACUAUCCUUCGUUUCCACCGCAUUUAUCUGGACACAGAAACGGAUCAUUGAGUGGAAUGUUCGGUGAAAAUGGUCAACGAAUAUACAUAACUGUGAAUGCAAGUGGACACAAUCCACAUCACUAUCCUUCGUUUCCACCGCAUUUAUCUGGACACAGAAACGGAUCAUUGAGUGGAAUGUUCGGUGAAAAUGGUCAACGAAUAUACAUAACUGUGAAUGCAAGUGGACACAAUCCACAUCACUAUCCUUCGUUUCCACCGCAUUUAUCUGGACACAGAAACGGAUCAUUGAGUGGAAUGUUCGGUGAAAAUGGUCAACGAAUAUACAUAACUGUGAAUGCAAGUGGACACAAUCCACAUCACUAUCCUUCGUUUCCACCGCAUUUAUCUGGACACAGAAACGGAUCAUUGAGUGGAAUGUUCGGUGAAAAUGGUCAACGAAUAUACAUAACUGUGAAUGCAAGUGGACACAAUCCACAUCACUAUCCUUCGUUUCCACCGCAUUUAUCUGGACACAGAAACGGAUCAUUGAGUGGAAUGUUCGGUGAAAAUGGUCAACGAAUAUACAUAACUGUGAAUGCAAGUGGACACAAUCCACAUCACUAUCCUUCGUUUCCACCGCAUUUAUCUGGACACAGAAACGGAUCAUUGAGUGGAAUGUUCGGUGAAAAUGGUCAACGAAUAUACAUAACUGUGAAUGCAAGUGGACACAAUCCACAUCACUAUCCUUCGUUUCCACCGCAUUUAUCUGGACACAGAAACGGAUCAUUGAGUGGAAUGUUCGGUGAAAAUGGUCAACGAAUAUACAUAACUGUGAAUGCAAGUGGACACAAUCCACAUCACUAUCCUUCGUUUCCACCGCAUUUAUCUGGACACAGAAACGGAUCAUUGAGUGGAAUGUUCGGUGAAAAUGGUCAACGAAUAUACAUAACUGUGAAUGCAAGUGGACACAAUCCACAUCACUAUCCUUCGUUUCCACCGCAUUUAUCUGGACACAGAAACGGAUCAUUGAGUGGAAUGUUCGGUGAAAAUGGUCAACGAAUAUACAUAACUGUGAAUGCAAGUGGACACAAUCCACAUCACUAUCCUUCGUUUCCACCGCAUUUAUCUGGACACAGAAACGGAUCAUUGAGUGGAAUGUUCGGUGAAAAUGGUCAACGAAUAUACAUAACUGUGAAUGCAAGUGGACACAAUCCACAUCACUAUCCUUCGUUUCCACCGCAUUUAUCUGGACACAGAAACGGAUCAUUGAGUGGAAUGUUCGGUGAAAAUGGUCAACGAAUAUACAUAACUGUGAAUGCAAGUGGACACAAUCCACAUCACUAUCCUUCGUUUCCACCGCAUUUAUCUGGACACAGAAACGGAUCAUUGAGUGGAUUGUUCGGUGAAAAUGGUCAACGAAUAUACAUAACUGUGAAUGCAAGUGGACACAAUCCACAUCACUAUCCUUCGUUUCCACCGCAUUUAUCUGGACACAGAAACGGAUCAUUGAGUGGAAUGUUCGGUGAAAAUGGUCAACGAAUAUACAUAACUGUGAAUGCAAGUGGACACAAUCCACAUCACUAUCCUUCGUUUCCACCGCAUUUAUCUGGACACAGAAACGGAUCAUUGAGUGGAAUGUUCGGUGAAAAUGGUCAACGAAUAUACAUAACUGUGAAUGCAAGUGGACACAAUCCACAUCACUAUCCUUCGUUUCCACCGCAUUUAUCUGGACACAGAAACGGAUCAUUGAGUGGAUUGUUCGGUGAAAAUGGUCAACGAAUAUACAUAACUGUGAAUGCAAGUGGACACAAUCCACAUCACUAUCCUUCGUUUCCACCGCAUUUAUCUGGACACAGAAACGGAUCAUUGAGUGGAAUGUUCGGUGAAAAUGGUCAACGAAUAUACAUAACUGUGAAUGCAAGUGGACACAAUCCACAUCACUAUCCUUCGUUUCCACCGCAUUUAUCUGGACACAGAAACGGAUCAUUGAGUGGAAUGUUCGGUGAAAAUGGUCAACGAAUAUACAUAACUGUGAAUGCAAGUGGACACAAUCCACAUCACUAUCCUUCGUUUCCACCGCAUUUAUCUGGACACAGAAACGGAUCAUUGAGUGGAAUGUUCGGUGAAAAUGGUCAACGAAUAUACAUAACUGUGAAUGCAAGUGGACACAAUCCACAUCACUAUCCUUCGUUUCCACCGCAUUUAUCUGGACACAGAAACGGAUCAUUGAGUGGAAUGUUCGGUGAAAAUGGUCAACGAAUAUACAUAACUGUGAAUGCAAGUGGACACAAUCCACAUCACUAUCCUUCGUUUCCACCGCAUUUAUCUGGACACAGAAACGGAUCAUUGAGUGGAAUGUUCGGUGAAAAUGGUCAACGAAUAUACAUAACUGUGAAUGCAAGUGGACACAAUCCACAUCACUAUCCUUCGUUUCCACCGCAUUUAUCUGGACACAGAAACGGAUCAUUGAGUGGAAUGUUCGGUGAAAAUGGUCAACGAAUAUACAUAACUGUGAAUGCAAGUGGACACAAUCCACAUCACUAUCCUUCGUUUCCACCGCAUUUAUCUGGACACAGAAACGGAUCAUUGAGUGGAAUGUUCGGUGAAAAUGGUCAACGAAUAUACAUAACUGUGAAUGCAAGUGGACACAAUCCACAUCACUAUCCUUCGUUUCCACCGCAUUUAUCUGGACACAGAAACGGAUCAUUGAGUGGAAUGUUCGGUGAAAAUGGUCAACGAAUAUACAUAACUGUGAAUGCAAGUGGACACAAUCCACAUCACUAUCCUUCGUUUCCACCGCAUUUAUCUGGACACAGAAACGGAUCAUUGAGUGGAAUGUUCGGUGAAAAUGGUCAACGAAUAUACAUAACUGUGAAUGCAAGUGGACACAAUCCACAUCACUAUCCUUCGUUUCCACCGCAUUUAUCUGGACACAGAAACGGAUCAUUGAGUGGAAUGUUCGGUGAAAAUGGUCAACGAAUAUACAUAACUGUGAAUGCAAGUGGACACAAUCCACAUCACUAUCCUUCGUUUCCACCGCAUUUAUCUGGACACAGAAACGGAUCAUUGAGUGGAAUGUUCGGUGAAAAUGGUCAACGAAUAUACAUAACUGUGAAUGCAAGUGGACACAAUCCACAUCACUAUCCUUCGUUUCCACCGCAUUUAUCUGGACACAGAAACGGAUCAUUGAGUGGAUUGUUCGGUGAAAAUGGUCAACGAAUAUACAUAACUGUGAAUGCAAGUGGACACAAUCCACAUCACUAUCCUUCGUUUCCACCGCAUUUAUCUGGACACAGAAACGGAUCAUUGAGUGGAAUGUUCGGUGAAAAUGGUCAACGAAUAUACAUAACUGUGAAUGCAAGUGGACACAAUCCACAUCACUAUCCUUCGUUUCCACCGCAUUUAUCUGGACACAGAAACGGAUCAUUGAGUGGAAUGUUCGGUGAAAAUGGUCAACGAAUAUACAUAACUGUGAAUGCAAGUGGACACAAUCCACAUCACUAUCCUUCGUUUCCACCGCAUUUAUCUGGACACAGAAACGGAUCAUUGAGUGGAAUGUUCGGUGAAAAUGGUCAACGAAUAUACAUAACUGUGAAUGCAAGUGGACACAAUCCACAUCACUAUCCUUCGUUUCCACCGCAUUUAUCUGGACACAGAAACGGAUCAUUGAGUGGAAUGUUCGGUGAAAAUGGUCAACGAAUAUACAUAACUGUGAAUGCAAGUGGACACAAUCCACAUCACUAUCCUUCGUUUCCACCGCAUUUAUCUGGACACAGAAACGGAUCAUUGAGUGGAAUGUUCGGUGAAAAUGGUCAACGAAUAUACAUAACUGUGAAUGCAAGUGGACACAAUCCACAUCACUAUCCUUCUUACAGUGGUAGACAUUCAGUUAGUCAUUCACGGAAAUUCUGA